AUGAAAUCUUUGUAUUGCUCUCACGAGCUUCUUCAACUGAUCCCAAUAAUUUUCUUUUCAAUUCUACUGCUUCAUUUCCAACAAGUCGCUGCGGUCGAAUAUGUUCGACCACCACCAGGAAAAAUCAUUUCCACUUCACAUAACCGGCCAGAUUCGCAUCCUCAACAGGUUCAUAUAUCAAUAGCAGGGAAUGAUCAUAUGAGAAUUUCAUGGAUUACAAAUGAUAAAAGUGUUCCAUCCGUAGUUGAAUAUGGUAAAGUCUCGGGGAAAUAUAAUGCAUCGUCAAGUACUGGGGAACAUACAACGUACCGUUACUUUUUUUAUAACUCCGGGAAAAUUCAUCAUGUAAAAAUCGGCCCGUUGGAUUCCAACACUGUUUAUUAUUACCGGUGCGGUGGUGUUGGCGAUGAGUUUAGUUUCAGAACACCUCCUUCAAAAUUCCCCAUUGAAUUUGCUCUUGCAGGGGAUCUAGGGCAAACAGAAUGGACAGCAUCAACACUAGCUCACGUCAACAAAACAGACUACGACGUCCUUUUAUUACCCGGCGAUUUGUCAUACGCCGAUAGUCAACAACCCCUCUGGGAUACAUUUGGACGUUUCGUAGAAAAAUAUGCAAGCAAACGUCCAUGGAUGGUCACACAAGGAAACCAUGAAGUUGAAGCAUUUCUUCCACUCUUCAAAAUCGAAUCAUUCAAAGCUUACAACACUAGAUGGAUCAUGCCUUAUCAAGAGAGUGGGUCACAUUCAAAUCUAUACUAUUCGUUUGAUGUAAGUGGUGUCCACAUUGUUAUGUUAGGAUCAUAUACUGAAUUUGGUAUUAGCUCACCUCAAUAUGAAUGGCUUCAAAAUGACUUGGUUAAGAUCAAUCGAAAGAAAACACCAUGGGUGAUUACUAUAGUUCAUGUGCCUUGGUAUAAUACUAAUAUUGCUCAUCAAGGUGAAGGAGAGAAAAUGAGAAUAGCAAUGGAGGAUUUGCUUUAUAAAGCUAAAGUUGAUAUUGUUUUUGCUGGUCAUGUGCAUGCUUAUGAACGCUUUGCUCGGGUGUACGACAAUCAAGCUAACCCUUGCGGUCCAAUGCAUUUGACAGUAGGAGAUGGUGGAAAUAGAGAAGGUCUUGCAUUGAUGUUUAAGAAGCCAACGUCUCCUCUAUCGUUGUUUCGAGAAGCCAGUUUUGGACACGGACGACUGAGAAUAGUGAACCAAACGCAUGCCCACUGGACUUGGCAUCGGAACAACGACGACCAUAAUUCAUCAGUCAGUGAUGAAGUUUGGUUGGCAAAUAUAAGCGCGAAUGAAGGAUGCAACAAGAAGCUUGCUUUUCAAGAUGAUGAUGGAGAAGAUAUGUCAAAUAAUGUUAUCAUGAAUGACGAACUUUAAAUUUUGAAUCAAUGAUUAUUAAUAAGUGAGAUAUUGCUUUUAACA